GCCAUACUUUUGCACAGUAGUUUAUACUCUGGAAGAAGAUGGCUCUUCACCACCUAUGGAUCUUGCUCCUUUGCCUACAAACCUGUCUGGAAGCAGCUGGAAGUGACACAGACAUCUUCAUGGUGAAUGGGAUUCUGGGGGAGUCAGUUACUUUCCCCUUAAAUAUCCAGCAAUCACAGAAAGUUAUCAGCAUUUCUUGGAAUUCCAAAACAUCUGUCGCUUUUGUAACACCAGGAAACUCAGGAGCAGCACCCACAAUUUCCAUAACCCACCAAAAUUACCAUGAACGAAUAAAUGUCUCAGGUCAGAACUAUAACCUGGAGCUCAGAAAUCUGAGGAUGGAAGACUCAGGGAUCUACAAAGCCGACAUAAAUGUAAAGACCUCUGAAAUGAUCACCACCACCACCAGGUGCUACAAUCUUCAAGUCUAUCGUCGGCUUGGGAAGCCAAAAAUUACUCAGAGUUUAAUGACAUCUGUGAAUAACACCUGCAAUGUCACACUGACAUGCUUUGUGGAGAAAGAAGAAAAGAAUGUGACAUACAGUUGGAGUCCACUGGGGGAAGAAGGCAAUGUCCUUCGAGUCUUCCAGACCCCUGACAACCAAGAGCUGACUUACACGUGUACAGCAUGGAACCCUGUCAGCAACAAUUCUGACUCCAUCUCUGCCCAGCAGCUCUGUGCAGACAUCGCAAUGGGCCUCCAUACUCGCCACACUGGGCUGCUGAGUGGGCUGGCUGUGCUCUUUCUGCUUCUAAUCAUUCUACCUUCAGUGAUUUUGUUACUUUUGUACAAAAGAGGACAAGGUUUCUACUUGAAGACCUUCAGUAAGAACCCUGAUGCUGCCUCAAAAAAAACAAUAUACACAUACAUCACAGUUCCAAGAGACACCCAGACAGCAGAGCCCAGGAUCUAUGAUGAAAUCCCCCAGUCCAAGGUGCUCCCCACCAAGAAGGAGCCAGUGAACAUGAUUUAUUCCAUAGUGCAGUACUCUGAUAAGAUGGGGAAAACCAACACUCAGGACAGCAAACCUCCUGGGACUUCAAGCUAUGAAAUCGUGAUCUAGGCUCCCAGAUGGAAUUCUCCCCAUGGAAACUGAGCUACAACCAUACCUACUGGCAGAUGCUCCAGACCUAGACUUGCUCUUCCCAGAUCUUACCUGGAGAUUGCAAAUCACCAGAUCCCAACACGUAAGCAAAGAAGCAAACACUCUGUUGCUGGGCAUAGCUCUUGCCUAGAUAAGCAAAUGGAUGCAUGCCCUUCCUGAAAUCGCUCCCUUCCUGAUGGAUGACAAGGCAGGUCCUUUGGCACAGUGCUUCCCACCCUUCUUCACAUCUCAGCACAUGGAGAAAAUAUUUUUAUGGUCUAAUGGGAUAAACAGUCAAGAUUGCUCAUGGCUGGAGGCUGUGUAUGACCAGAGGUGAUGACUCUUCCCAGCAACCCCAUAUGUGAAGGAUCCACAUUUUGCACACCUGUAAUCUGCCAUGACACACCACUUAGGAGCCUCUGCUCACACUCAAUAUAUGGGAGGAGCCCUGGUGCAUGGCUUCCCCAAGUCCACACAGCACCUUGGGCAGAUUAGCCCCUCACCUGAGUACAUGGCUUGGCAUGUAGAGUGUGGACUGCAUGUCAGCCUCUGUUUGUCCCUUUGCCUGGGAAACUUUGUUCAGGGUACACCUGGCUGGACCAGCCCAACCCUAUAUGACUGUGUGGCAUGGGAAGCCAUCAGAGUUGUGGCUGUCAGCUGUGCAGACACAGUCUCCCAAUAGAGUGUUGGAAAAUGCUCUUUCUGUAGGAACUAGACCGCUGGGGUAUUUUUCUUCAGACUCCACUUCAGAAACCUCAUAAUAUAUUUUUUUCUGGCCACGUUUUCCUUCUAUAUCACUCUGUGAUUGUUAAUUUUAUGUGUCAACUUGAUUGGACCAUGGGGUGCCCAGAUAUCUGGUUAAACAUUAUUCAGGCUGUGAGUGUGAGGGAUGAGAUAAACAUUUGAAUUGGUAGACUGAGUAAAGCAGAUUAAUUUUCCCCUCCAGUGUGGGUGGGCAUCACCAAAUCCAUUGAAAACCUGAAUAGAACCAAAAGGCAGAGUAAGGGAAAAUCCAUUCUCUCUCUCUGCCUGUCUUUGAAAUGGGACAUCAGUCUUCUCCUGCCUUAGGACUUGCACAUGGACUGGAACGUCCACGAUCAGCUGUCCUGGUUCUCAGGCCUUCGGACUCAGACCAGAACUAAACCAUCCCCUCUCCAGUUUGCUGAUUACAGAUCUUGAAAUUUUUCAAUCUCCAUAACCACAUGAGUCAAUUCCUUUAUAGCUAUUUCCUGUUGGUUCUGUUUCUCUGCAGAACCAGGCUAAUACACACUCCAAACAGCCUCAUCAAGAAGAAGAAGCCAUAUCCAGUAACCCCAUUCUCUAAAAGGAAUUGCUCAGCUAUGUUUCUGGCACUUUAGGGGAACCCAACCAUCAAAACAAUAGAUCUUGAAGGAAGCAGUCAUUCUCUAGGGGGAACUUGGUAGAUGACAGUAUAGAUGAUGAAAUUGGGUUCACCUCAGUUCCUAAGGCUCAGCCCAGAAAGCCGUGGAGUUCAAGCUGAUGUUAAUGGCCCUCCCCCUUCCCCUGCCAGCACUGAGGAGGAAUCACCUAUGGCUGAGCAGAACAUUGAAGUAAGCAUUUGAAAAAUUGUUUCCCUUUUGUGUUAGCAAACAUAACCAGCUAAAUUCUAAUCCCCCAUGAACAAUCGCAGGCUGGAUAGCAGAAAUAAACUGCAUUUAGGCAGAAUGAAGUUGUUAGUCCCCAUUAAUGGGUCCAUAGAACCACCUAGUCCUGACUCUCAUUAGCACUGUGUUGGGGGUUGCAAGGUCUCCAAAGUGUAAGAUGAGCAUGAUGUCUGCCCUGGUCUAACUACAGCACAAACACUACAGUUAAAUUCUGAACUACACGCUACAGGGAGUGGCAUGAGCUAGCACAGUCAGAAAAGAUCUUAUGGAGGAAGUGCAGCUGAAGCUGGACCUCAAAGGAUGGAUGGUAUUUGGCAGAGAAUGAAGAAGACAGAAGACAUCCAAGUGAGGAAGGCAUGAAAGAAAGAAAAGGACUGGAUCUGUGUCAUGUAUUUGGGGUACCUCCCCAGAUAUACCACGCAUGUUCACAGUCCCUUGCCUGUGUGUGGCACAGUGCUCAGAUGGAAUGUAUGCCCCCAUCCCCUGUCCAUUUACACAUCCUUCAAUACCCAGCUCAAAUGUCACCUCGUCUAUGAAGCUUUCCCUGAUAUCACUAGUCAAAUUAACUAUGGUUCUUUUUGCACUCCUUCCCCCACCCCUUUGG